AGGAACGCAACCCAUGAGAGCGGGUUGAGUCAGCAGCACAUGAGGCCGCUGUAAACCCGGCCCCCGGCACAAGACAUACAGAGUGAGGGAGAGGAGACCGGGGGCCAUAGCCGAGAAAGAGGAAGAGAAACAAAAACAAAACAAGCGAACCUCCCCAAAAUAAACACAGGAAAGAAGAGGAGAGGGGGGAAAAAAAAGCACACCAGAUUACAGAAACUUGUUGACGUUUUGUUGCAGUCGUCGAUCAAGCUCGAAGACCGAAACCGGUGGGGGUGGGGGCAGUUACACCAGCGAUUGAGGCAGGAGCCCGGGACCCGGUUUAGAGCCCACCUCCGGCGGCUUUUCGUAUCUCGGGCCCGCAGGAAGUGAAGUGGAAGCAGCGGCAUCGCCUAAUUCUGACUCGUUCGCUGGGGAAAGAGGGACAGGGAGCGGCCUCCUGUUAUUGUUGUUACAGUCCCCGCGAUUUGAUACAAAGUCUCGAAACUUCGGGAUCGUUGUGAACAGCGGGAGCCCUCUCCCCGCGUUCCCUCCUCGGGAUAUCGUUCCUUCUCCGCCCUCUGCCUCUUCCUAGCACCCCCCCUCCCCCCGGGCGCUCUUAGACUGCCUCCACCUCCUCACCCCCGGGAUCUCUCUCUUCCUCCCUCCUUCCCCCUUCCGGGCAGCAAAUGCCGAUCGCUUCCACUUCUCAUUCGGCACAAGAGCCUUGUCUGUACCCGCGGCUGCGGGCCGGACAGCCCACUCCACCCAAAGACGGCAGUGGGGGCCGCGAACGAGGUGCAUCGGCUGAGGAGCCACGGCCGCCGAGCAGCCAAGACGCAGCAGCAGCAGGAAGUGGCAGGCUGGUGCUGGGCAGCCCGGGCUCGGAGCUGUUACCACGGAUCGAACCGUGGGACAGGGGCGCUGGCGGUGCGAGCAGGUUCCCCCAGGCCGGCCCGCACUCUCUCCUCGAACCGCCCAGGACCAGAUCCAGAUCCAGGUCAGGAUUCAGCAGCAACACCAACUGGCCUUACUGCGGUCAACUGGGAGCGGGCGGCCUCCAGCUACAGCACCAGCCUCAAAUAGGCGGCCAAAAUCACGGCAACAAUCCAGGUCUAGGGCAAGGGGCCACGGACACAGCAACAGGAGUAUCCCGACCAGCAGGUGGCAUGGUUCCUUCAUUUCCCUAUCACCCAAGUCCAUGUGACCCCCCUUUCAAUGAAGACAGUGAUAAGAGUGAAGAAAGCCCAAGCCCUAAGCGUCAACGCCUCUCCCAUUCAUUUUUUGAAUACACAGCUGUAUCUCCUGCUCCCUCAUCACCAAUGCGACCAUGGGAGAUAACAUCUAAUAGGCGACCUCCUUCAGCUCGACCAAAUCAGCACCAUUUCUCAGGGGAAAGAUGCAAUACACCUGCACGAAACAGAAGAAGUCCUCCUGUUAGGCGUCAAAGAGGAAGACGAGAAAGGCUGACUAGACAUAGUUCUGUGAACCAGGAUGAAAACUACCACCAUCAUCCUUAUGGACAGCAGCCAGCUGCAGAGGAACCCAGAGCAUUUCACCCUCCAAAUGUAUCUCCACGCAUGCUCCACCCUGCUGCACACCCACCUCAGCAGAAUGCAGUGGUGGUUGACAUCCAUGAACAGAUUCAUCAGGGCACGGUUCCUGUCUCAUAUACUGUUACUACUGUAGCACCACAUGGCAUUCCACUUUGCACAGGCCAGCACAUCCCAGCGUGUAACACGCAACAAGUUCCAGGAUGCUCAGUUGUAUUUAGUGGGCAGCAUUAUCCUGUGUGCAGUGUGCCACCCCCGAUGCUCCAAGCAUGUUCUGUACAACAUUUGCCAGUCUCAUAUGCUGCAUUUCCUCCUCUUAUCUCAAGCGAUCCCUUUAUAUUGCACCCUCCACAUCUGUCGCCCCACCAUCAUCCUCACGUGCCACCCCCGGGUCAGUUUGUUCCAUUCCAAACACAACAGUCACGGUCGCCUUUACAAAGGAUAGAGAAUGAGGUGGAGUUACUGGGAGAACAUCUUCCUGUUGGUGGUUUUACUUAUCCUCCAUCACCACACCCGUCUACCCUUCCUCCUUCUGCGCCACUCCAGUUCCUGCCACAUGACCCUCUGCAUCAAGAACUGCCCUUUGGAGUACCAUAUCCUCAUUUCAUGCCCCGAAGAUUGGCAGGACGCAGAUACCGUUCGCAGCAACCCUUACCACCUCCACCUUAUCAUCCUAGUUUUUUGCCAUAUUUCCUAUCAAUGCUUCCAGUACCCCCUGCUGUGGGCCCAGCUUUUAGUUUGGAAUUGGAUGUCGAAGAUGGUGAAGUGGAAAACUAUGAGGCGCUUCUUAACCUAGCAGAACGACUGGGAGAAGCCAAACCACGUGGGCUUACAAAAGCAGACAUUGAACAACUUCCAUCCUAUAGGUUUAACCCUAACAACCACCAGUCAGAGCAGACUUUAUGCGUAGUGUGCAUGUGUGAUUUUGAAUUAAGGCAACUACUUAGAGUCUUACCCUGCAACCAUGAGUUUCAUGCCAAGUGUGUCGACAAAUGGCUGAAGGCAAAUCGUACAUGUCCAAUUUGUCGAGCUGAUGCUUCAGAAGUUCACCGUGACUCAGAAUGAAACCAAUCAAAUAGCACAAAUUUGGGUGUUCUUUGUGGCAUAUAGAUGAACUAUUCAUUGGACUUAAUCUAUUGCGGCUUCCAGCCUUCCCUUUACAUUAAGGGUCAUAAUGUGAUGCAGUCAUUUGACCUUCCUUUGCACUGUGUGAUUCAAUGACUUAUAAAGCUUAUAUAGUCUUCACAUUGAAACAAUUAUGGGAUUGUUAUACUAACAGUGUGAUUGGAACUCCAAAGAUUUUUUUUCAGCUUAAUUUGUGUGUGCACUAACAUUCCCUGGUUUUUGUGUGAUCAUUCCAGGUGUUGCUGCAGGAUUACAGUAGAUGUGAUCUUUUGGCAUGUGUGCUUUUUUUGAUUUUAUUUAUAUAUAUAUCUAUAUACAUAAAAUAUAGAUAAUAUAUAGAUAUAUAUAAAUAAAUAGAGGUAGUUAAACUGUUUUAGCAAUCUACCUUAUAGAGCCUUCAGGUACUGUGAGUGAGUAUGAUUGUAAGCGUGCAAGUAUUUUAGCCACAUGUACUUUUUCCAGACAAGCUUAAGUACUGGCAGAAAGUGAGUUGUAUGUGUGUAGUCUUAAUUAUGCUGAAAUGUGUAGCUGUGUUAUUUAUACAGUACUAGUACUGUACACUGGUUUCUCCCUUUUUGUUUGCAGUUGCACACUGUAUACUAAGGGUGCAGCAAUUAUGAAUUUUUUCACUCAGUUGCUCCUCAGUAUUUUGUAUUGGCAGAUUUGAAAAGUAUAUAUUUAUAACACACACCAGCAAAAUGAUUAAGGGUGGAAGAUUGUGCAAAUUUAUAAAACUAUUAUUACCCAGCAAACCAAAGCAAUGAAUGGCUGAAAUAAUUUGCUUAGUUUUCCUGUAAUGUACAGUGAAUGGAAACCUUAUAUAAGCAAAGUGACAGCUUUGAAACUGGGUGUGCUAUAAAAAUAUCACUUAUUGCUAUAUAUUACUGGCCAGUCUAAAAAUGUGGGUCUCAGGUGUGCAACAAAGUCCUAUAAGCACCUUAAAAUGUAACUUUGGUUGUUAAGCUACUUUGCUACCUUGAAAAAUUUAAUUCUCUGCUUUACCACUUGAUUAUAAUAUCCAUGCUAUGCCCUGUUCUAAUACUGCAUUCAACUUAAUGUUGCUUUCUUUUAAAAAAAAACUGAUUUGAAUGCAGCAUAAGUAGGCAUUCUAUUCGAAAUUUUAUUCAAGCUUUCAACUCCACCUUUCAAAUUAUAUUUCUGUCUAAUUAAAUAUUUUCUCCCGUCUUUAGUUUUUGGUUCUUCCACUGUGUGCAAUAUUUUACAUAAUUGCAUUUCUUUAGAUUUGGUUAUAUAUGUUUCUCUGUAUACAUCUUAAACUAACCUCAUAAAAUUAUUCACACUUGCAAAAGGCCGAGUCUCAGAACUAAGCAGAUACUGUGUUAAAACGUUAGGGAAAUAUUGAGCAGUUAUUUUUUGACCCAGAGCAAUUAUUAGAUCAGAGACCUAUUACGUUGUGAUGAGGACAAUAAUCAACAGUCUGAAGAGCUCCUCAAAAGAAGUAUUUAAUUCAAUUCUAAGAAAAUUUUGUAAAGCAGAUUACUAUUUUUAUAGUAUACAUAGGGAUUGAUUGUUAAAUGUGAACAUUUGGGGAAAUUGUAGCGGUCAUGCAGAUUUGCAAUGAAGAAAAAUCUAAACUUAUUUUUUGUUCUUCUUAGAAUGUCAUUGCUCAGUAGUCAUCUUUAAAUCUGUAUUCAUUAUUCCUGUAGACUUAACACUUUGCUAGUAGAAAUUGAACCCAUGAUUAAAGCAAUGAUUGCAAUCCAUUGGUUUGGAAACUGUUAUUAUGAAUACAACUUGAGACUUAUUGUAAUUAUUUAAUGGUCUCACCUACAGCAGGUGAUUUAUUUGUUUUCAGUUUGGUUGGAUUUUUUAUAUGCUUGGGAACGUAGUAUUGCCACAGGUCAGACCUGCCUCUAUAACUGCUCAUCGCUUAAAUUGGGUGCAAAAGAAGAUCUAAUUUUCCCUUGUUUUACCUAGUUUUUUUAAUUUUUGGCCAUGUUUAUAAAAAAAAACUUGGAACUGAUGAUUUCUGGUCUUUUGCCUCAAUUGUGGUAGUAAUUAAAUGCAAAUUCUAUCUGUGGACUCACCCUUGCUUCUCUGACCAUUACUCUAUGAUGAAAGUGAUCAGAAUAUUAACGCUUUUGUUUUGAAACAUACUAUAAAAUUGGAGACAAUAGAAUUUGUCAAGAGUGUUGAAUAGCUGGAACACAGGAAUGUCUGUCUUGAAUCUGUUUUUGAUUUUCAAUAUAACCUGGAUGUUACCAACCAGUGUUAAUUUUUCACUCACAUGCUGCUGGUCCUGAAUUGAAGGCUGUUCCUCACAAGACUCAUCCAGUGUUUCUAAAACAUUGUGGCUGAGAGCCUUGCUCAGACAUUUGAAGUGCAAAAAUAGGUGCCUAAUUAAUCUGUUUAGUUAUAUGUAUCAAGGUGAACAUUCUUCAUCAUGGCUUACUCAUUCAGCCUGAAUGCUUUGUGUGUGGGUUCUUGAAUGGAAAUAAGAUGUAUAAAAAGAAAAGUUGCUGACGUUUUCAAUACUGCACAAAAAAAUUUGUGAACUUAACUAAAAUCACCUGAAUUUCAGAACGUUUGAUAAAUUCUGAGCAAAUUGCUCUCAUUUAAAUUAUUUAUGCAACACAACAUUUGCAAAUCAUGAAAGAGAAGUUGGAAAUGCAAGUCUUUUGGAAGUGCAUUUCUUUCCCCUUGUUCAAUCCCUUCCCAUUUACAUCUACAAUUCUUCUAAUGCUUUACAUCAGUUUCAGAAUUCCCAGUUUGCUAGAUCCAACUGUCCCCUCUUUACCAUGGUACAAUCACUUUACACAAUCAUCCCCCAUCAGGAUUGUUUCAGGGCUCUCUGCUUAUUCCUGGGGGAAAAAGCCACCACCAUCCUCCUCCGCCCAACCGAGCUCAUCCUCAACUUCUCUUUUAAGCCCUCUCAUUUUCUUCAGGUCAAAGAGAUGGUGAUGGGUGUUUGCAUGGGCCCCAUUUAUGCCUGUCUCUUUGUAGGUUACUUUCUCUCGUAUACCAAUGACGUCUUUGGUGCUGCUUCCCUCACUCGCCCACAGUUGGCAAGCUUUUAUCAAUUUUGCUUCCAAUUUCCACACCGGCCCUCACCUUCACCUGGUCCAUCUCAGACUCUUCCCUUCCUCAACAUCUCAGUUUCCAUUCUGCAGAUAGGCGGGCCACCAUUAUUCACAAUGCACCAACUGACUCCCACAGUUACCUUAACUGUACAUCCUCACCCUACUUCCUGUAAAGACUCUAUUCCGUUUUCCCAGUUCCUCCGUCCCUGUCACAUCAGUUCUGAUGAUGCCAACUUUGACAAGGGGCCUCUGAAAUGUCCACCCUCCUCAACGGCAGAUUUCCCAGCACCAUAAUUGAUAGGGUCCUCAGCCAGGUCUACCAUCUCCUACACUUUAGCCCUCACUUUCUCUCUUUUCUCCCACUACAGAGGUAGAGUCUCCCUUCCAUCUGUCCUCACCUUCCAUCCUACCAGCAUCCACAGUCAGUGGAUUGUUAGCCAUUUCAGCCACCUCCAGCGGGGUACUACCACCAGAUACACAUUCCCCCUCCCCUCCCUUAUCAGCCUUCUGCAAGGACCAUUCCCUCACGGACACCCAUCUUUCACUCCUAACAGACUCCACAGCCCCACAGACCCUUCCCCUGCAACUGUAGAAGGUAUAAUACCUGCCCAUUUACUUCCUCCCUCCUAGUUAUCCCAGGGCUCAAACACCUUCCAGGUGAAGUAGUGUUUUACUUGCACUUCGCUGAAUCUAGUCUACUGCAUUCGCUGUUCAUAAUGUGGUCUCUUCUACAGUGGGGAAAUGAAGUGUAGACUGAGUGACCGCUUUGCAGAACAUCUACAUUCUGUCAACAAAAAAAGUCCCUGAGCCUCCAAAAGCUCACCAAUCACAUGGUGUGCUAUUACAUAUUACCCUUUGUUAGCCACUAACAGUCCCCAUUCAUUCUCCUACGCUAACUGUUAUCCACUCUUUUGUCUGUCUAGCUGCUCAUCUGUCUCUUUGGGCUGUAUCUCCACCUAUAGUUUACUUCUUGCCCCACCCCCACACUCAUACCACUUGCCACCCCCCCACCACACCACACGUGCACGCACACACACGUGCACGCACACACACGCGUACACACACACACAUUCGUCUACAUAAAAGCCAACAUUUCCCUAGCUACCAUCAGUUCUGAAGAAGGGUCACUGGAUCCAAACUGUUAAGUCUAAUAUCGCCGCACAGAUGCUGCCAGGCCUGCUGAGAUUUUCCAGAAAUUUCUGUUUUCGUUUCUGAUUUCCAGCAUCCACAGUUUGUUGUUCUGAAGAAAUGCUGGAUUGUUAUGAUGCAAUCUGUUUAGCAUAAUAAUGUGGAUAUGUACAAUUAAUUCUGAAUUCUAAAGUUAUGGGACUUUGUUGAAAUGAUACAUUCAUCUAAAGAAAAGGUAUAGCAUGGGUAAUGUUGUAUCUGUCCUUGAAAAUAGUUAUGGAAGACUGAUUGAAAGGGCUCAUAUGUAUCUGAAAACAAAAUUGAAGUUAGCGCUUUUUGUUAUCAGUAAUUUCUUUAACUGUUUCCUGUAGCACCAAAUAAAAACAACUCAUAACUUCUGCAUGAUACCACAUUGCAUUACAAUGACAUUUCACAUUACCAUGCAUUAUAAGCAGAAUGUACACCAACAUUGUAUUACUGUUUUCCCUGUUAUACUGUGAGCACCUAAAAUGUUUUUAAGCAGCUGUAUGUUUGUUUCUGUGCUUAUAAUGUACUACAGCUAUGAAUGCUGAGACUGAGAUGCAUACAUAGUAUUACCUGGAUGAUAUUAUUUAGGUUGAACAGUGCUGCCUUAUUUCACAAAGUAGACCAUGAUUCUCCUCCACAAAGUAGUUCAUUAUCAUCAUGCCAUCAUAACUUAAGAAGUCCGAACCUGAAGGAUAAACUUAAUGAGGCAGGAUUGGAGUUUUUAUUUUGUUUGGGGAGGAAUAGCUGCCAUAUAACUUAAUUGAAUGAUGUAAAUUGAGGCCGAGAGGAGGUGCAUUAACAGUUAGGUCUGGUUAUUGGCAAAGUUAAUUGUUGCACUCUUAAUGCUUAAUCACUUUUGAAAUGUUUCUCAUGUUUGCAUGGAGACUCUAGAACAGUUGUGUGCAGACCUUGCUUUCUGUGGUCAGUAUGUACUUAGCACAUGUGCAUGUGUAUUAAAGCAGACCGUAGUGGCCAUGGCUGCUUCUACCCAGCUGGGUCUGAUGUGGGUGGAAAUGCGGAUUAAUGCUGAGCUAUUACUGCCAUGAAUUGUAAUGCGCAUUUAUGUAUUUAAUCCCUCAGUCCGUAUGAUACAAGAGAAGCAACAACAUACAGUAAGAAUUGUUAGAUCUUGGUCAACCCCACAGGUUUACUGAUUGUGUCCCGCUUCAAGUUUUGUGUUUUGCAUGGGUUUUUGAUGGAUAGUUUCAAACUUAUUAAUUUUGUGAUCAAAAAUCACUAAGACCUAGUGAUAUCCCAGGUUAUAGUCAUUAUAUUUAAGAAACCAAGAGUGUGACACUAGACUGCUGAAGUUUAAACAUGUUGUCCUGUAUACAGCAUUAUUUGGUGCAUUGUCUUAACACUGUCAUAUUGGAUGCUGGAAUGCUAGUUUUUCAGCAGCGGUCUCAGCUCUGGGGGGUGGGGGGAAGAAAAAUCUAAAGCACAUAAAAUCUGGGUCGUUUUUAGGUCUUAAUGGACAUUUUAGUGUGGGAUUUUUCUUUGGUGCAUUUACCUCAUUCUGCCACUUAAAUAUAUUUAAAAUUGCUAAUGAAUCAGAAAGAAAAAGCAAAUUACUUCUGUUGACUUCAUUUCGGAGUGUUUCAUUAAAUCAUACACACAUUGCAUCAUUUAAUAUGACAAGUAGUUUCCAAUGUUGUAUUAUAAAUCUAUCUGUAACCAAAUCAUUUGAAAGCUUGAUAAAUUUUUAACAAAAUUUGUACAUUUUUUAUGAAACUUACUAGUAAUGCUAUACCAAGUAGUGCAAUUAAUUUUUAUUUUUAAUCCCUAUGCCCAAUUUUGGAGUUGAGAGGGUUGUUCAUUAAUAAAUGUAUGAUGUAAACUUGCUCAGUUGACUUUUUAUCUUGGCUGGUCAGAAUGUUGACUUUAUUUUUCUACCAACAUUUUCUGUCUUUUACCCUACAAGUCUAAAGUUAUUUUCUCAUGAUAUUUUCUGUUUAAAGAAAUGAAAUCAAUAAGAUCAAAAAGGUAAUGAUCAACAACAACCAAUUUAGCUCCGUAUCCACGUACCUGAUGGGAAACUGGAAUUGUGAAAUAAAAACAAAGCAAGUUGAUCUAUGAUGGCUACCAGUGUUAGAGGAGAUAUCGACACAUUGAGUUUUGAAACAUGACCAGCUCUCUCAUCUCUGCAUCCUUGCUGAUUCUGUCACUUCUAAUUCUGCCAAUGAUGAUGAAUCAACCCCUGUAAGCCAAGAAACUUGAACUGUCAAUGGGCAGGCAAGCUGGCUUCUGGAGGUUGGCUGCUGACCAACUAAUUUCCAGUUUCUGCUCUGCUGUUUUGCGGUCUUCCCUCUCGAUUAUGUAUCAUAAGUUUAAUUCGAAUGUCUUGCUUAUGAUUUGUUUAUUGAAAUUAAAAGUUGUCACACUUUUGCUAAGAAA